AUGGCAGCUCAUCAGAGCGGCGGCCACGAGGCCCUGCAGCCGAUCCAUCCGUCCAUUGCGGGCAAGCUGGACCCCGUCUUCGAGCAGCUGUACAACGACAACGUGGCCAACACGCCGCUCAGGCCCAUCGACCUGGGCGAGCUGCGAUCCAGGUACUCGGUCCUCUACAGCUACGGCACGGGGCCGGCCCCAGACGUCGGCCGCGUGUACGACGACCAGAUCCCGCUCGACGACUCGAGCAUCGACGUGCGCGUCUACGAACCGCCGUCCCAAGGGCCCUGGCCCGUCCACGUCGACUUCCACGGCGGCGGCUGGGGGCUGGGGGACCUUGACACGGAGGCGCACAUUUGCAGACACAUCUGCCGCAAGGCCAACGUGGUGGUCAUCGACGUGGCGUACCGGCUGGUGCCCGAGUUUGCCUUCCCGACGGGCAUCACGGAUAGCUUCGCCGCGCUCAGGUACAUUUACGCGCACGGGGCGUCCCGGUUCAAUAUCCGGCCGGACAGCAUCUCGCUGGGGGGCGUCUCGGCGGGCGGGUGCAUCGCGCUGGCGCUGGCGCACCUGGCACGCGACGAGGCGCCGGGUCCCAUCCCGCUGCGGCUGGUGGCGGUGGGUACGCCCGUUAUUGACGACCUGUCGCAAUACUCGUCGGCGGGAGAGUCGCCCUUUGCGUCGAUGCAGGAGAACGAGAUGGCGCCGACGCUCAACUGGGCGCGGCUGGCCUGGUUCGACCGGCUCAAGUGGUCAUCGCUGCCGAGCGAUCCGGCGGAGCACCGGGCGGCGCGGGAGAGGGCCGGGUGGUUCGCCAACCUGCUCAAGGCGGCCAGCCACGCGGGGCUGGCCAGGACCGUCGUCUACACGGCCGGCGCGGACCCCCUGCGCGACGAGGGAGAGCGGUAUGCGCAGCUUCUGGUCCAGAAUGGCGUCGAAGUGACGGUGAGGCGCUUUCCGGGCGUGCCACACCCGUUUAUGCACAUGGACAAGGAUCUGUGGCAGGCCCGGGAGUUUAUCGACCGCACAGCUCGCGAGAUUCGGCUUGCGCACUGGGAGCUCUAG